ACGGUUUUUGUGCAGGAAUGACCUGGAAGACAAAACAUGUUUUGACCAAGAACUGUGCGGAGGUUUAACCUUUGAGCCAGGCGGAGCACAGAUACAGCGUCCUGCAGCCUGCAGCCAGCCCCCACCGCUCCUGGAAAUCUGCAGCUGAUCUCUGCGGACAGGACCGACCAUGGAGAUUUCGUUUUCGGGUAAACGAGCUCUGGUCACCGGAGCUGGAAAAGGGAUUGGCAGGGCCACGGCUCUAGCUCUAGCAAGCUGUGGGGCAGAGGUCACGGCAGUCACGCGCACACAGGCAGACCUGACCAGUCUAAUGCAGGAGUGUGCAUCCAUUACCUCGGUGUGUGUGGACCUGGCGGACUGGGAGGCAACGGAGGCAGCGCUGCAGGAUGUUGGCCCCAUUGAUCUGCUGGUGAAUAAUGCCGCCUGUGCCAACCUGCAGCCAUUUCUGGCAGUCACACCUGACCAGUUUGACCAGUCAUUCAAUGUGAAUGUUAAAGCUGUGCUGCAUGUGUCCCAGAUAGUGGCUCGUGGAAUGAAGGCCAGAGGAUCAGGAGGCUCCAUUGUCAACGUGUCCAGCCAGGCCUCACAGUGUGCCCUCAGAGACCAUGCUGUCUACUGUGCCACUAAAGGAGCCCUGGACAUGCUGACUAAAGUGAUGGCUCUAGAGCUUGGACCCCACCAGAUCCGUGUGAACAGUGUGAACCCCACAGUGGUGAUGACUGAGAUGGGUCGUCUGGGCUGGAGCAACCCCGAAAAAGCCAAGAUCAUGGUGUCCCGCAUCCCGCUAGGCCGUUUCGCAGAGGUGGAGGACGUGGUGAACAGUAUUUUAUUCCUGCUGAGUGAUAAGAGUAACAUGACGAAUGGAGUCACUCUGCCAGUGGACGGAGGCUUUCUAGCAUGCUGACCAACAUGAGCCACACUUCAGCAUGCCGGCCCAAUGCUCAGAGGAAAAUCAAAAACAACCUGUCUCAUCACCUCACUAUGUUACACACACAAAGGUCAAUUUGAUUUACUAAAUAAAUGCACCCACUGCAAAACCA